UGAAAUUCUGAUGCCGUCCAUCACAGCAGCAGCAGCCGCCCCAGCGUGGAGACGGUUGCUACUCGAUCGGGUUGGGUGAUCCUGAUCUCCAUGGCGGGUUUUGCUCCGAGGACCACUGUCCUGGCCCUUGGCGCGGGGGCGCUGGGCGGGCCCGACGCGCUCCGCCUCCUGCUCGAGACCGCGGGGCGGAGCCCCCUCCACGACAUCCUCACCUGCGUCCUGGCCAUGGCCGCGCUCACCGCCCAUGUCCUCGGAACCACCCUGCUGGUGCGCUUCGUCCGCAAGGCGCGCGCGGGCGGCGGUGCGCCGGCCACGGACCUCUUCGCCCGCGUGACCGCGACGGUGUCCGUCGGCGCCGCCCUCCUCGUCACCGCGUGCCUCCUCGCCGGGUCCGGCGGCCUCGGCGCGCUCCGCCUCGCGUUCGGCUUCGCCGCCAAGAACCCCAUCGUGGCCGUUACCGUCCUCACCAUCGGCGCCGGCACCGCCGCCGGCCUCGGUCUCGGCGGCUUCUUCCCCUACACCAUGCCUCCGCUCCGCUUCGGCCGCCGUGCGGGUGCCGCCGCCGGCGCCUCCCCUGCUGGCGACCGCGCCACGUCCCAGACGCUGUCCUUGGUCGGCGCGCUCCUCGUCGCCGCAUGCCUCGCCCUCGUUGUCCCCCUCUUCGCGCCCGGCGCCAUCGACGCGCGCUGGAGCUUCCUCGCUGCCGUGCCCGUCGCCGUUGCCGCCGUGCUUCUCGCCCGCUCCCCGCGCGGGGCGCGUGACGCCUCCGGCGCGCCGGCCGCGGACACGCGGCGCUCGGUCAAGCUGACGCGGGGGAACGCUGCGUUCGUGGCCGUCGACGUCGCGUCCCAUGUCGUCAUCCCCUGCACCAUGCCUCUGGUCCACUGUGGCCGCCGUGCGGGUACUACCGCCGGCGGCGCCUCCCCUGCUGGCGACCGCGCCGCGUCCCAGACGUUGUCCUUGGUCGGCGCGCUCCUCGUCGCCGCCUGCCUCGCCCUCGUUGUCCCUCUCUUCGCGCCCGGCGCCAUCGACGCGCGCUGGAUCCUCCUCGCCGGCGUGCCCGUCGCCGUCGCCGCGGCGCUUCUCGCCCCCUCCUCCCGCGGGGCGCGUAACGCCGCCGCACCGGACACCCGGCGCUCGGGCAAGCUGACGCGGGAGACUGCGUUCCUGGCCGUCGCAGCCUUCGCUGUCGCCUCCCUUCUCGUCAUCCCGUUUGCGUAAUGCGUAUGCUCAGCCCCGGCGCGAGUCCGGCGGCGGCGGGGAGUACCUGUCGUGCUCUGUUUGAUGCGAUACUAAACGAGCUGCGGUGGCUCUGUGCUCAUAUUUGCCAUUUCGGGAAUAGAGAAGUGUUGGAGCGGUGUACUUUCUCAGGUUGUUAUUCUGAUUUGUGAAGCCGAUUUGGCAUGAAUUGGGGUGAGAUUGUUGACGCGGAAUCUGAGUGGAGGGAAUUGGGGUGAGAGUAAUGUAAAUCGGUAGUUGUAAUGGAUGGGGAUUAGAGCAAGGAUUAUAACCCAGUCGGCUGCCGGCUGGGAGCCUCUGCCAUGUCAUACAACGCCUGCAAUUCAGCCAGCUCAUAUUAUACUUGCAGAUCGGGUU